UUGGGCUCUCUCGGUUUCCAUGCCAGGUAAACAAGAAGUGUGCGUACCCCUUUAAGAAACCCCCACCGCCCGCACAGCGGAGGGAGGGAAGGCACAUUCCUGGAACAGCGGUUAGAAAAAAAAAUCCACCAGUGAGCAGUUUCAAGUUCCCCCAAUAGAAACUGUGCCUGAUUUGUGGCCAAUGUUGGAGAUGUAAAAAAAAAGUGCAGGGGGAGGAGGGGAAUGGAGAAGGGGGGAGGAAAAACACUAAAGGGGUAGCUAUGGAGAUAGAGCGUUCUCCUGGCUGCCUUCUUUGACAGGUGUUGAGAGGGGUAAAAGUCUUAAAACAGAAUCCAGCAUGUACGCCAAAGGUAAAGGAGCAGUCGUCCCUUCCGAUAGCCAAGCAAGAGAAAAGCUAGCUUUAUAUGUGUACGAGUACUUACUGCACGUCGGAGCACAGAAAUCAGCACAGACCUUCCUGUCCGAGAUACGAUGGGAGAAGAAUAUCACACUAGGGGAACCUCCUGGAUUCCUGCACUCCUGGUGGUGUGUGUUCUGGGAUUUGUACUGUGCCGCUCCGGACCGGCGAGAGACGUGUGAACAUUCCAGCGAGGCCAAGGCUUUCCACGACUACAGUGCAGCUGCGGCGCCCAGUCCAGUGAUGGGCAACAUGCCGCCGAACGACGGAAUGCCAGGUGGACCCAUGCCCCCCGGCUUCUUUCAGGGUCCUCCCGGGUCACAGCAGUCCCCUCACGCACAGCCUCCUCCACACAACCCCAACAACCCCAUGAUGGGACCUCACGGCCAGCCUUUCAUGUCGCCACGAUACCCAGGUGGACCUCGCCCCUCCCUCCGCAUGCCAAACCAGCCUCCAGUUGGAGUUCCAGGAUCACAGCCACUAUUGCCCAACAGCCUGGACCAAGCCAGACCGCAGGGACAUCCAAACAUGGGCGGCCCGAUGAGGAUGAAUCCCCCCAGAGGCAUGGGUGGCAUGGGUCCACAGAACUAUGGUGGUGGGAUGAGACCUCCCCACAACUCACUUGGUGGGCCUGGAAUGCCAGGGAUGAACAUGGGUCCUGGAGGAAGAGGUCCAUGGCCUAACCCUAAUGCAAACUCAAUAGCGUAUUCGUCCUCAUCUCCAGGUAACUAUGUGGGCCCUCCGGGUGGUAGUGGGCCUCCAGGAACUCCCAUCAUGCCCAGCCCAGGAGACUCCACAAACUCCAGUGAAAACAUCUACACAAUGAUGAACCCCAUUGGCCCCGGCGGCAACAGACCUAACUUCCCUAUGGGUCCAGGUCCUGAUGGCCCGAUGGGUGGUAUGGGAGCAAUGGAACCUCAUCAUAUGAACGGAUCACUAGGCUCUGGCGACAUGGAUGGGUUGCCAAAGAACUCUCCCAACAACAUGGCGGGCAUGAACAACCCCCCGGGCACUCCGCGAGAUGACGGCGAGAUGGGAGGAAAUUUCUUAAACCCAUUCCAAAGCGAAAGUUAUUCACCCAACAUGACAAUGAGUGUGUGAUUUUCUUUUUUUCAUUUUACUUUUUGUUUUUUUAUUUUAUUUCUUUUUUAUCUCUCCCUUCCCUUUGUUUCCCAUCCCUCUCUCUGCUGCAUCUUGGCUCACUCCUCCCUACCCCUCAACCCACCUCGUCGGCCACCCACCACCACUUUCUCUCGGACAGCGGGUGAUGCCCCAUGGCCUCCUGGGAUAGCAGGGAGUAGUGACAGCAGCCCAGGAAGAGCCACCUGACUGCCCUCUGCCACGCUCCCCACGCUCCAGCUUCCUGUCCAGCCUCACGCACUGAGGGCUCAUGGGGCAUGUCAGUCCUCCAGGAACCCUUCUCAGCAAACCAGCCAAUCAGAAACUAAGGCUGGUGGCCUAUUUUCAGACUCUUUUUUUUUUUUGUUGUUGGUUUCUUCUUUUGAAUCUGAAAAUAUUUCAUCGCCCAGCAAUUGACCUAGCAGGUCAGAAACAUCUGAUUUGUUAGAUGUAUCAAUUGUUGUGUGGAUUUUUUAAAGAAAAUUGAACUGUUGAUAUAUUAGGGUGACACUUUUCAUUACUGUUGUCUGUAUUUUAUUGAUAAUAUUAAUGAUUAUAUAAUUCUCACAACUGACAUUGUUAAGAUGACGUAGGAAUAAUGUUAUGGGUUCACCUGCAAAGGGCACAUUGAAUUUCAACCGCAUUGACGACAUAAUAAGCACACACUCAGAAAUGCACAAUGACACUUCUGUUUACAUGAUUUUAGGUGUUUGUUGUCUCAUGUUAUUGAUUUUUAGGUUUGUUUGUUUGUUUAAAUGUCUCCCUGCACAUACCUCUUCCUGUGUCUUCUCUGUGGAACUUGCAUCAGCACCACUCCACACACCUAAAGAGCCUCAAAAUGUCUGCCAAGAUGGCCACCCAUGCUCUGGCUUUACUCCUGCUCUCUGCUCCCUCUUUCCUACUCCUCAGUCCAGCACUGGAAACCCCCAACGCACACACACACACACACACACACACACACACACACACACACACACACACACACACACACACACACACAC